AUCAAAGGAGACAUCUCAACCUACCGCACUAGCUACACACUGAACGUACAUACAUUUGAAAUAAAAUAAAAUAUGACACUAUGGAACCGAUCGAGGGUGUAGAUAGAUUGAUAUUGAUACAAGGGCGAGCGCCCGCCUAUAGCUUAGCUAGUAACCAACUCCACAAGGCAGCUGCAAGGAAUAUCGAUCUGUGGAGCAUGGAGUCGGAGCCGCGUGUGGUGGACACUAUCCAGCUUGUCCCGGUACCAGCUCCGGUGGUGCCCAUGUCCGCCCCGCUCUCCGUGCUGGAUUCCGACCACAACGUGUUCGACGUCGACUUCCGCACGCUUCGCAUAUUCCCUUCCCACCCGCCCUCCAUAGAUCCUUUCAUUGUUCUCCAGCGCGCUUUUGCAGCCGCUCUGGGUGUUUUCCCGGAGAUGGCCGGCUCAGUCCACGACGACGGCCGCGUCCUUGUCUCCGGGAGCGGGAGCGACGCCGUUCCCCUGGUUCUGGCGGUGUCAGACCUGAGGGCAGACCAAGUCGACGCGGACAGGCUGGACGCAGCGCUGCUUGAGCUGCUGGUGCCGUCGGACCGUGUGGCCGCGGCAGAGCCGGCGCUGGCGUUGAAAGCUACGGUGUUCGCGUGCGGCGGCGUCGCCCUGGGGAUGAGGUGUGCGCACGCGCUAUGCGACGGUGCCGGUGCCGGCAAGUUCCUCGCCGCUGCGGCGCUGUUGGCACAGGGGCAGGAGCUGGGUGUGACGCCGGUGUGGGAGCGGCAGGAGCGGCUGGGGUCCAGGCGGCCGCCGCGGUGGGCGGUUCCGUUCGAGCGCGUCCUGGCGCCUCACAAGGACAAGGACGUCGGGCCAUACAGCAGGCAUGGGCAGCCGGUGGCGAGGGAGUGCUUCCAUGUGAGCGACGCAAGCGUGGAGGCGCUCAGGAAGCAGCUCUCUGCCGAGGCCGGCCUCAAGCUCACGACCUUCGAGGUUAUCGCGGCGUUUAUCUGGCGCGCCAGGGUGAAGGCCAACGGAACUGGCCCCGACGAGGUGGUGAAAAUGGUCUACUCCAUGAACAUGAGCAGAAUCCUUGAGCCGGCGCUCCCGGAUGGAUACUGGGGCAACGCGUGCGUCCCAGUAUAUGUGGCCCUUGCCGCCGGCGAGCUCGUCGGCCAGGGGCUGGCGGACACAGCUGCUCUUAUCAGGAGGAGCAAGCAAGCGGUGGACGACGAGUACGUUCGCUCCUACAUCGACUUCCAGGAGAUGCACCGCCGCCGCGGGGAGCGGGUGACGGCGGGUGGCGGUGUGAGCGCCUUCACGGACUGGCGGCGCCUCGGCCACUCGGAGGUGGAUUUCGGGUGGGGUCGGCCGGACGUCGUGCUACCACUCUCUUGGCGGAUCAUCGGGAGCACCUUUCCCUGCUUCUUGCUGCCUUAUAGUUCCACGGACGAGAGGCGCCGCAGGGGGUUCAAGGUUUUGGUCGCGCUCAUGGACCACGCACUGCCCUGCUUCACACACGAAAUGCAGGAUAUACUGCUCCUCCACUCUCCCACUCCUAUGCCUAAACUAUAGAUCACUCAUCAAGGAAGCGAUCGAUGAUGCAGGAUGUCUCAUCUUUCUUUCUUUCUUUCUUUCUUUUUUGCAAGAUUCAUCUUCCUCGAGCAGUGUAGUUGGCCGGUGGUGAUCUGUGGAUUCCACAUGUAUCUUCAUGUUUUCCUCGUAAAAAAACUGCUUCAUUCCAAGAGCUUGUUUUCAAUGAAACCAAAAAGUCAUGUUUUACCUUGGUCAUCUUCACCCCCAUGUCAGAGGUAAAUGGUCGAACACAUGUAGACAGUGUCCGCAGUAAUGCGAAAUGAAAAACUAGCGGUCCCGGUUUUUACCGGGUAGACAAAUGCCA